GAACGGUUCAGAUUUGAUCUUUCUUCUUUUCUCUCUCUCUCUCUCUCUCUCUCUCUCAGUUUCAGAGAUCAAAAGAGACCAACGAAGAAAAAAGCACCGCUUUUGCAGAAUCGGUGACGAUAGAAAGAGAAAGACAGAGAGAGAGGGAGGGUUAGAGAGUCAGGGGCUAUUUGAUUCCCCUGGAAAAUUUCAGAUAUUUGUUUCUUCAUCUUCUUUCCUUAUUUCUCUCUUUCUCGUUUUUACCAGAUUUGUCUUACGAAUCAAUUCUCAAAGAUACCCAAAAGUGGUAGGGAAGCAAAGUACUGUUUUAUUUUGCUUUUGAUUCUAUCAAAAUCAGCGGUGAAAGAAAGGAAUUUUUUUUAUUAUCAGAGAAAGAGAGAUUCUUGAUAAUCGAAUAGACCUAGAUUUUUUUUUGAAUUUAGGGCUUUUUUGAUUUUUGAGAAAUUGAUUGUGGUAAUGGAGACAGAUAGUAUGGAGUGCGUCUCAUCUACGGGUAAUGAGAUCCAUCAGAAUGGUAAUGGCCACCAAUCUUACCAAUUCUCUUCGACGAAGACUCACGGCGGAGCCGCUGCUGCCGCCGUCGUUACCAAUAUUGUUGGCCCAACAGCAACUGCUCCGGCCACUAGCGUGUAUGAGCUUCUGGAGUGCCCUGUCUGUACCUAUUCUAUGUAUCCUCCUAUCCAUCAGUGUCAUAAUGGACAUACAUUGUGCUCGACCUGUAAAGUGAGGGUUCAUAACAGGUGUCCCACAUGUAGACAAGAACUUGGAGAUAUUAGAUGUUUAGCUCUUGAGAAAGUAGCCGAGUCGCUUGAGCUGCCUUGCAAGUUUUACAAUCUGGGAUGUCCUGAGAUCUUUCCUUACUACAGCAAACUGAAGCACGAGUCUCUCUGUAACUUCAGACCUUACAGUUGUCCUUAUGCUGGUUCGGAGUGUGGUAUCGUAGGGGACAUCCCUUUUCUUGUAGCCCAUCUCAGGGAUGAUCAUAAAGUUGACAUGCACGCUGGUUCCACUUUUAACCACCGCUAUGUCAAAUCCAAUCCGCGUGAAGUAGAGAACGCUACUUGGAUGCUAACCGUAUUCCAUUGCUUUGGGCAGUACUUCUGCCUCCAUUUCGAAGCGUUCCAGCUUGGGAUGGGUCCAGUAUACAUGGCAUUCCUGAGAUUCAUGGGGGACGAGGAAGAUGCACGGAGCUACAGCUACAGCUUAGAAGUGGGAGGCAGUGGGAGGAAGCUAACAUGGGAAGGAACCCCAAGAAGCAUCAGAGAUAGCCACAGGAAAGUAAGAGACAGCAACGACGGUCUCAUCAUCCAAAGAAACAUGGCUCUCUUUUUCUCCGGUGGAGACAGGAAAGAGCUUAAACUUAGAGUCACUGGUAAAAUCUGGAAAGAGCAACACAGUCCAGAUUCUGGACUUUCCAUACCAAACCUAUCUUCUUCCUGAUCAUUCUUUUAUCUUUUUGUUUUUUCUCUCUUUGAGAAGGAAUGUUGUAUGAUGAUUCGUUUGCACUCUUCUUCUUUGUCUGUAUCUAAAACAUAUCAUGAAUGAAUGUUUCAUCUUAUAGUCUCAUAUUUUGGCA